AUGAGGAAAAAGAAAACAGCACAAAGCAUUUUGGGUUUUCAUUUUCUCCUUUGGUCAGUAGUAGGGUGGGCAGAAGGGGGUGUUCUGAAAUGGCACGGAUGCCAAUCUUUUGACUAUAGAAAAAAAACAUUCCCUUCAAGUAGAGAGAGCAAGCAUGCCAAGGCUCUCACCCAACCUCUCUGUGCUAAUUUUCUAAAAAAAUAAAAAAUAAAUCCCAUGUGCUUUUUAGCAAUUUACCUCAGGCUUCCUCCCAGGAGCUCUCCACCCUCCCCUUCUAGGCUUACAACGAUCCUGUCUUUCAACACACAUCUCUUUAAUCUUCCUCACAACAAUAGUGUGAGGUGGUGACUGGCCCAAGUUCAUUCGGCAAGUUUCAUGCCUGAGCACGGAUUUGAACUCGGGUCCCGGUCUCUCACUAUAACCACUACACUAGGCUACACCACCCAACAGCAGGCGGACCCAGAGCCAGUGAAAGGCAGGGCCCAGGACCAAUGGCAGGUGGAGCCAACUGGUUCUCGGGUUGUCCCCAUCCCCAUCUUUGCUGAUGCCAUGUCCCUAAUAGAGGAGUCAUCCUCAGAGAAUGAUGUGCUGGUCCCUGAAGGGAAGCAUGGAGGAAGAGGCAGGGUCAGGCCUUGCAGCAUCCCAGCUGUCACCUCCCACUGUGGGGUGCCCAGAUUCACAGGCAGAAGCUGAGACAAAGCAGACCUUUCUCUCCCCAUAGUACGUCUUUCCUUGCUGUGCUCUGUGGUUAGAAGGGAUCUGGAAAUAGUGGUGACUCUGCGUUUGCUGUUUUACAGGUUUAUUCCGGGAGAGCCAAAAUGUCGGGAGAGGGAGAAUGAGAGAGUCAUUCCUGUCAGGGUACAACCCAGAGAGUCUCGCCCAGACAAAUCACUCCCCCCAUGGGGUUCCGCUCCAAGUCUAGGCUAAAUCCCUGGGCUGAGCCAGACUAGAUCACUCUCAGGAGAUUACCAAUGGAGCAUUCAGACUUCGAAAUCAGGUGGAAAUUCCACAAUCACUGAAGUCAUUCUGUUGUGGCACUUUCAGGUUUGAACCUUCCAUAGCAUUGUUGGAGAAACUUCUUUUAGUGUGUUUUUUGACUUCCCACAUUUGAUUGGGAACAGCCUCUCAAUGAAACCAUGAGCAGAAUGCAAGGCUGUUUGCAUAUAAUUUCUUGAUACGUAUGAAGAGGAAGAUCUAACUUCCUGAUAGUAUGGAUUGGUUUCAUAUAUUGGGUUCUAUUAAGACUGGGAAACAGAUGGCAGCCAAGAACCAAGGUGCUGCUUUAUUAAUAGGAACAAAAAUAAAAUCUUCAAAGAUGUCAACACAACGUGUCCAUCUUUUUACCUGCCUGUGCCAUUGGAUUAAGGCAUGUGUAAAAGAAGGAACUGAACACAUGAGUUCUAUGAGCACCUUCUUUUUCAGUUUUUCAAGCACCAGAUAUUUCAAAUAAAAACCAAUGAUUGUGCCAUUUAAAUAUUCUUCAUUUAAGCGCUGAAGAUCUUCACUGGCCACACAGCUGCAGUAAUCUGAAGAUUUGGUGGGAGAUCAAAGUUCCCUCCAUUUUCCAAAGGCGACCAGGAUACAUCAGGGUUGGACAAUGCUGUUUCCCUUCCAUCUUUGGGGCUCCAGGAUUCCACACACCCCACGCUAGGCCCCAGCGCAGCAGGUGGCUGCCGUGGGCCAUUAAAGGGAGGGCCCGUUUGUUUGGGUCCCUCCCAGGAAAAUGCCAAUUAAAGUGUUUUAUAAUAGAUGGAUGGUGUUUGCCCAGCAGGCAGGUUCCCAAGAUAAGGUGGCGCCAUAUCGUACUUCAGGGACAGUAUAAAACCCGAAGCUCCCCUUUGGCCAAUUCUGCAGAUCUCAGGCACAGAGCACCCAGCCCACCCAAGGACUGCGCAGGCUGCAAGGUAAGUCGGGGUCUGAGCGCAACCCUUUCCGCAAAUAAUUAUUUAUUGCAUUUGUAUCCCACUUUUCCUUGCAGCAGCUGAAGGUGGCAUAAAACAUGCCUCUCCCCCUCCUCAUUUUAGCCUCACAACAGAUCUUUUUGUGUGUGGGUUUUUUAAGGAGAGGGGCUGCUUCUAGUGGACCCUGUUUUCCAGGAGGCUCUGAAGAGGCCUUCUCUGAGAACAAGGUCUUUCUAUAGGGACUUGGGGGUUUCUCUUCAAGGCUGCCUGGGGUUGACUGUUGGCUUUAAGGGGUUUGGACCUGUUGGCUUUUUUUCAAGAUCUGCUGGAUAGCUCAGUUGGUUAGAACAUGGUGGUGAAAAUACCAAGGUUGCAGGUUCAAUCCCUGUAAGGGACAGCUUCAUAUUUUUGCAUUGCAGAGGGUUGGACUAGAUGAUGAUGAUGAUUAUGAUGAUGAUGAUUAUUUAUUUGUACCCUGGCCGGAGCUGGGCUUAGGGCGGCUAACAUCAUAAAACUAACACAGUAUACAAAGAACAUCAGAACAUAAAAAGAUGAUUCCAACUCUUAUGAUUCUGUGAUUAAGCUGGCUGGCUAGCUGUUUGGUAUGUGGCCCUCCAGAUGUUGCUUGACUCCAAACUCUUAAGAACUCCAUCUAGCACAGUGGUGGCUCUCCAGCUGUUUUGGGACUACAAUUCCCAUCAUCCCUGACCACUGGUCCUGUUAGCUAGGGAUGAUGGGAGUUGUAGUCCCAAAACAGCUGGCGAGCCAAGUUUGGCCAUCACUGAAGCAUGACCAGUGGUGAGAGAGAAUGGGAGCUGGAGUCUCCCAACAUCUGACUCUCCACUAGUUCACAGAACUAAGGUUGCCAGCAUGGGAUUUGAGCCGGGACAACUUUCCAGAGGCCACGCUCCAGAAAAAUGGUUUAAAAGCUGCAAAUUAAGAGGUAUUAAUAAAGAAAGCAGAGAGCAGACCACUGGCUUAACCACGUCAACAUAUGCACAGCCUGGACUGAGCAAUGUUAACAUGGUUCUUAAUCAGAAGCCGUUACCACUCAUUGCAAGCUGGUUGCGGUUAUUCAAGGGUGAAUGCAAGUCACUCUGCACAUGCUCAAAAGCACUCCCUCUUUGCGUUUUUACAGGGCUGAGAACAGGGCUAUGCUUGGUGAAUUUGGUUCAAAUUAUGCUUUGGUUUGAUUUCCAAUGGAAGCUCAACUUUGCACAAAUCAUGGCAAAGUCCACGUAGCACAGGGCCUUCGUGGAGUUGGCUGUCCUGAUCCUAUUACAGGAACUCCUUUUAAAAAAGAAAUAGAUGUAAAGCUGGCUUGGGUAUCAGGUUUGAUAGUGUAAUGAAGCAGUGCUCUGACAGGUGUGUCUCAGACCUCUUUGGAACACCUGCUAUUUCAUAACUGAGGGAAGGGUCACAACUCAGAGCAUCUGCUUUGCACAGAGAAGGUCGCGGGUUCGAUUCCUGGCAUCUCCAAGUAGGGGUAGGAAUGGCUUCUGCCUGAAACUCUGGAAAGCUGCUGCCAAUUCAGACAGCAUAGACAGUAAUGAGCUAGAUCAAAGAUUCCCCAAACUUAGAUCUCUAGCUGGUUUUAGACUACAACUCCCAUCAUCCCUAGCUAGCAGGACAGGGAUGAUGAGAACUGUAGUCCAAAAGCAGCUGGAGACCCAAGUCCUUCUUUGAGAAACCUGAGCUAGAUGGACCAAUGGACUAAGGCAGCUUCCUGUAUCCAAAGUGAGUGGGUAGGCUUUGGUUGGAGAGGCCUGUUGAAGUGAGGGACAUGAGGCAGGAGUUGAUAAUGCAGGUGAGCUGCACACAGGUGAGCUGAAAGCGAGCUGCCGGCCAGCCCUGUGGAGCCUCCUUUUAUUGAGACAAAUAUGCAAACCAAGCAGAUACAUUUUGGGUUGUGACCUUUACACAUCUUCCGGUCCCGAGAUACUGGGGUGGUACAAAGUUAUUUUGGCACCUGUUUCCACCGCGUCAUUUUCCCCUUGCACAGUGUAUGACGAAGGAGAUAAAAGGUCUCAGAGACAAAGGUCCACAGACAGGACACCGCAGACUACUGAGACCGCAAAAGGUUAGACAGAGGCAACAAUGUUCAGACAGCCGUGGCUUUGUCUGUGAGGGGUGUGUGUGCUCCGCACCCCAAGGGCACGCCUGCAGGCAGGCUGAGGCCGCCUGCGGGUGGGGAGUGUGCUCCCUCUGGACCCCACUCCCCACUCCGCAAUCAUCCCUACACCUGUCUUCAAAUCCCUUCUCAGCAUUCAAAUUCAGCGGGUGACCUGGGCCAAUUCACCUACUCCCACCCUCUCCUACCUCACAGGGCUGUUGUGAAGGAUAAAAUUAGAGGAACGGGACCAGGAUGUGUAUGACACUUUGAAACGGAUAUGGGAGGGCAGGGAGGAUAGAACAAACAUGUAAAAGUACUGAAAUCAACGCAUUGAUUUUUUUUAAAACCGCAACACUCUCUUUUCUAGGAUGUUUUGGUUCACUCUCCUUGCUUUGCUCUGUUGCGGCAUCACCAUCAACACAGGUAAAUCCCAAGGGGGGCCGGGCGGGGCGGGGAGGGAGGUGUCACUGCCCCCCAGGCCGUGGGGCUGUCCAAGUGCAGGGCUAGGCUGCUGUGCUGAAGCUCAUCUGCUCUGUGUUGCUUUGGGUCUUAUUCCAGCUCAGCCACGUUCUUCUUCCUAUUCUGGCGAGUACGGCGGAGGUGGCGGGAAACGCUUCUCCCACUCUGGGAACCAGCUGGAUGGGCCCAUAACUGCCAUAAGGAUCCGGACGAACCGGUGGUACAUCGUGGGGUGAGUGUUUGGAGGCUGGUGGGGAUCUGGGAACAGGCCGUGGCUUGGCCGCUUGUAGGGUUUGGAGAAAAAGCGAUAGGUGGACGGAUUGACCUGAAAAUAAGGUGAACCCUUUCUUUGCGGGGAAAUUUAGGGCAGUCUUUGGAAAGUCCUUUCUCUUCCACACAUCCUGUGUAUCGAGCAUUUGCCCUUAAUAAAAACUGCAGGGAGGUUAGAUGAGCAUUCAUUCUGAUUGGUUUGCAGGGAGAUUCAAGCAAUUUUUAUCGUAUACUUUCCAGUACAUUUCCCCAUCACUUUACCUUACUGCAAAUAGUCCAGGAUUUUUGGGGGGAGGUGGGAGAGGGUUUGUUGCGCAAGAGCUCCUGGGCGUUGGGGGGGUUGGACUAGAUGACCCUCGGGGUCCCUUCCAACUCUACAAUGCUAUGGUUCUGUGGCAUCUUUUGAGAGGAAGGGCAGGAUAGAAGCCUAAUAAGAAAUUGAAAAAUAAAACAAAAUCGACUUUCGUUUUCCAGCAUGCCGCUGAAUGUCGCCUGCAAAACAGCAGCAGUCUGGAAGUGCCCUCUGUUCCUUUUGUAGGAGAAAGCACUGAAGAUAUGUUUGUGUGUAGGGGAAACAGUCUUGCUGUGUUUCUAGCUAUUUUAAUGUGUGCAUACCUUAACCCUCAAUUUUGAAAGUGACUUUAAGCCUCAUGUCUGAAUAUGCUUGUUGCCAAUUUGAUGCCAGCAGCAAAACCAUUUCAGAGCAGUCAAAGGCUCCACAGCAAAAAGAAAACGGAGAACCCGCUUUCCUUAUACUGAACACUUGAGGUCCAAGAGUCCAGUGCAGAGCUCUGAACCAGAUUAUAAUACUGGGUUCGCUCGUUUGAAAUUGGCUACUCAAACUUUCUAUCCCUCGUUUGUUUUCUACAGCGUCAUCAAAUGCAGGACCCUGCCCCAAAGAGCUUUCAACCUAAGUUCUUCUGUUUCUGUCACAUGUUUGAUGCCUCGUUGCAUAAAACUAGCGGGAGAACAUGUUCUGUUUUGGAGAGCUUGAUAGUUGGAGAGGAGGAGUUGUAUCAUUUAUUACAACUUAUCUUUCUUCUUCUUCUUUCUUCUUCUUUGGCGAUCACUUGUAGCCGAGUAAGAUUGUCUUCCAUAAACACAGUUUUAACAAUGAGUCCGUAAGUGACUGUGGAGGCCAAUUCUGGACCCACACCUCCUUCCAGAGUGGGGACAUAUGUUUCUGGACAGGAGUUGAUCACAGUGUGGAUUUGCCAAGUGUGCCUUCCUCUUAGCACGUUUCUCCCUUGCGUCCUGAGUUCGAGUGUCUUCAAAGCCCAUGACACCUUUGGUAAAGGCUGUUCUCCAACUGGAGCGCUCACAGGCCAGUGUUUCCCAGUUGUCAGUGUUUAUACUACAUUUUUUUAGAUUUGCCUUGAGACAGUCUUUAAACCUUUUUUGUUGACCACCAGCAUUAUGCUUUCCAUUUUUAAGUUCGGAAUAGAGUAGUUGCUUUGGAAGACGAUCAUCAGGCAUUCGCACAACAUGACCAAGUGUUUCCUGGGUCAAGGGCCACAUUUCUCAGCAACAACUUAGGAAUAUUGGGGGAGGAAUGGGGGGUGUCCUUGCAAUCGGCAGCGCAAUUAUGUGAAUUGCGCAAGGCAAAUGAGUAACAAAUGUGAAUUGGUUGCGCCAAACGAAAUGAUAACAUGGAAAGGCUGUAGAGAACUUCCAGAUCCUUUGGGAUGGAAAGGGGUGUACAGGAAUCAAGAGCAGAUUUAGGGACCACUGAGACCUUCUGUUUUAAGGGGCUUAAGCGUGGCUAACUCUGCACUGGGCUGUUGGCCUAUCAGGGAAGAAAGAAGAUGGCCUAAGAAGUUGGUCUUUUACCUUAUUCCAGUCUCCAGGUCCGUUACGGCAAGGAGUGGAGCAACUACGUGGGGGGUUCUUCUGGUGAUCUGGAGGAAAUCUUCCUGCACCCUGGCGAGUCCAUCAUCCAAGUCUCCGGGAAAUACAAAAGCUACGUCCGCAAACUUGUGUUCGUCACCGACAAGGGGCGCUACUUCCCUUUUGGGAAGGACACAGGCACCAGCUUCAACGCAGCUCCUCUCUUCCCAAACACCGUCCUGCGUUACUUCAGCGGCAGCUCUGGUUCAGUCAUUGACGCCAUCGGUUUCCACUGGGACUACUACCCCAGUGACUGCCCCUCCUGUGGAAAGUGA